CCACCCGCCCGCGACCGGCAGCAGCCUCGCCUUGACGGGUCGUCGGCAGGCCGGCCGCCCGGGGCGGCGCGGCUCGCCUCGCCCCGCCCCCGCGCGCCAGCUAUAAAACCUGCCAGUGCCCACCUGCUCGCACCCCCAGGAGCUGACCUGACCACCACCACCUCCACCGCAGCUAGCAGCCGAAGGCCAAUUAAGAAGGGCGCGCGCUCGAUCCUCUUUGUCGUCCUCCAUCCCGGCGGGCUCUCUCCGAUCAGCAGCGCGAGACGGCGGCGGAGAUGGUGGCGGCGAUCGCGGUGGCCUCGGCGGGGCUGGGGAUGCUGGCGGGCGUCGCGAUGGCCAGCCGGGCGCCGCCCUCGUCCUCGGAGGGACCCGCGCCGUGGACGUGGAGGCCCGGGGCUCCCCCGGCCGCGCUGCGGUGGGGCGGCGGCGGCGCGCCGCGCUGCGAGGCGUGCGGCGGGUCCGGCAAGGAGGAGUGCCGCCUGUGCGCGCGGUGGUCCGACGCCGGCGCCAGGGGGAGCCGCCGGUCCGGGUGCGGGGCGUGCGCGGGGACGCGCCGGGCGCCCUGCCGGUGCUGCGGCGGGUCCGGGACUGGGCGGCGCGCGGCCGUGCGGGUCGCCGCCUCCGCGCGCGCGGCCCCCACCGCCCGGGCUGCCCGAUGAGACGGCGACGGCGACGGCGACGGUGAUGCCUGCUCGCCUCUUGGCCUCUCCUCGACCCGGCUCCCGGAUCAUGGAUGAAGGCUCUGCCCUCUGCGGCUCCCUGCCAGGACAGACAGAACAGAGGAACCGCGGCGUCGGCUUGUUUCUUCUUGUUUUUUUUUUUCUAGCUGGAAAAAAUUUAGAGAAAAAUUCUGUAACAUACGGAGUAUACAUAGUUUGUAGUACAAGUAGAUUAGAGAUUUGAUCAUCAAUAUAUAUAUAUUUGCAUAGCAAGGUUUAUUCCAA